CAAAUCAUCUUUCCAUAGCAAAAUGAGGAGAAUAUCUAUCUCUUGGAAAUUUGUUCGAGCAGUUCUUGCUGAAUUUCUUGCUACUUUAUUGUUUGUGUUUUUUGGACUUGGUUCUGCUUUGAGAUGGCCAUCUGCCCUUCCAACAAUCCUUCAGAUAUCUCUGGCCUUUGGCUUGGCAAUUGCCACACUUGUCCAAAUAUUUGGGCAAAUUAGUGGCGCUCAUAUAAAUCCAGCUGUAACCUUUGCAUUCCUAAUAGCAUCCCAAAUAUCCUUAGGAAGAGCUAUAGCCUAUAUCGUUGCACAACUCCUCGGAGGACUGGCAGGUGCUGGGAUACUUUAUGGUGUGGUUCCUCCAAAUAUCCGAGGAAACCUCGCCAUCAAUUCGCUCAGUGGUGCUGUAACUCAAGGACAAGGCGUUGGUGUAGAAAUCAUUCUUACUUUCCAACUGGUCCUGUGCAUCUUUGCAACAACUGACAGCCGAAGAAAGGAUAAUGUUGGAUUCCCAGCUUUAUCUAUUGGUCUUGCUGUUGUUUUAGGGCAUCUUGUAGGGAUUUAUUAUACCGGUUGCUCAAUGAACCCAGCUCGUUCCUUUGCUCCAGCCGUAGUGAUGAGAAGAUUUGCUAAUCAAUGGGUCUUCUGGGUUGGGCCCUUAGCUGGAGCCACACUGGCUUCUCUUCUUUACUACUACGUCCUGUAUCCCCUUAUAUUGUCUCCCUCUGAGAGGUUGGCCAUACUACUUGGCAGAGCCACUAAUGUUCCUGACACAGAAAAUGAAAAUCAUGACCAGAACGAGAUGCCAUCGUUGGAAUAUAUUUGCCAUACAAACUAAGAACCUGCAAUGUAACAAGACGUCAUACAAUUUUUAUAUGAAUACA